CCCAGUCCUUUCGUAUGUUGUUCCCCAUGUUGAAACCUCCCAUCCCCUCUCUCUCUCUCUCUCUCUCUUUGUGUUUGUGUGUGUGUGUGUGUGUGUGUGUGUGUGUGUGUGUGUGUGUGUGUGUGUGUGUGUGUGGUCAUGUGUGUUAUACUAUUUGGCAGGUUAGCAUGAAGUUGGAUGAACGCAUUUGCAGCAAAACGGCAAAAAACAAGGAUGUGCUGAAGCUGGUGAAGAGCUUGCUGGGAGAGCAGGAUGCUUUAGCAUUUGCCGAACAUGUGAUCUCAUUUGAAAAGCUGCCACCUGAGGAACGAGCCCUUCUGCAAAUAGAGCGCCAGGAACAUUUUCAGCAGCUGAAUGUGGAGCGUGCCAUGGCAUCGGCAGCACCGACCUCCAAGCAGGUUGCUUAUCUUCGAAGCCUAGGAUGCACCGCAGAACCAGCAACGAAACUUGAGGCAUCUGAAUUGAUAGGAAGAUACAAGAACAUGUAGAUGCUGCACAGUUAGUAUGGGAAAAAGUAAACCUUAUUAUUGAAUAGAAAAACUCAUAUACAUGGAAGAAGAGUUAUACAAAGAGUAACCACAUCCCACAGUACGACCCAGGUAUAAGCGGAUGAGUAAAGUCGCGACCAUCGA